CAUUAAAAUUGAAGCUCAGUUUCGAAUGUAAUACUAUAGAUAACACAAAUAUAUUAGCCACUGACUUGCAAUAAAAUGUAUUCAAAAGAAUCCAAUAUUACAAAGAGCAGUGAUUUUUUUUUGGAGUAACUGCGAAUUUAUGUCUACCUAUCCUCUGUUUCUGUCUCCUCUGCUUCUCUGCUACGCUGUCUCUCUCUUUUCAUUACAUAAAUAGAUUCUCCGUUUUCUUCUUCAUUUCUUCAGACAAAGAAAAAACAGAGCAAAGUUUGGUAAAAAAACAAUAAAAUACCUGGCAACCAAAAACAAACAUUUCUCUUGACACUUUCAAAACAACCAAAAUAACCAGUUCUGUUGCACAAAAAAAAACCUUAAAAAUGGAGAAAAAAACAGACACGAGCUCCCCUGUUGGUGUUCUUGAAGACUACUUCAGAAGUGAAGAAUCUGAAAGCUGUUCAGAUUCCCAAUCUCAUAACAAUUCUUCAAACCCUGUCUCUCGUUGGCACGGCUUCGUUCAAUUACUCAGAACUAAAUCAAAAAAGCCAUUAGCUUCAUUACACCCUCUCAGUGUACUCAAGCUCAGAAAAAGUUCCAGUUUGAGAGAAAUGGUACCGAGUUUUUUUCCGGAUUCUGAUUCUUAUAAUUUUAAUUCUCCACGUCAGAGCUUCACUCUCUCUGAACUACAAGCUGCAACAAAUAAUUUCAGUCAAGAUAAUUUGAUUGGAAAAGGUGGGUAUGCUGAAGUUUAUAAAGGGUGUUUAAAAAAUGGGAGAUUAGUGGCAAUUAAGCGGCUGACAAGAGGAACAGUUGAUGAGAUAAUUGGAGAUUUUCUGUCUGAAAUGGGGAUUAUGGCUCAUGUUAAUCAUACUAAUACAGCUAAAUUAAUUGGGUAUGGAAUUGAAGGAGGAAUGCAUCUUGUUCUUGAAUUGUCUCCACAUGGAAGCUUAGCUUCUGUACUUUAUGGUUCCAAAGAGACGUUGAAAUGGAAUCUUAGGUAUAAAAUUGCUAUUGGGACAGCUGAAGGUUUACGUUAUCUUCAUGAGGAUUGCCAGAGAAGAAUUAUUCAUAGAGAUAUUAAGGCUGCCAAUAUUUUGCUUACAGAAGAUUUUGAGCCUCAGAUUUGUGAUUUUGGGCUUGCAAAGUGGCUGCCAGAGCAUUGGACUCACCAUAUUGUAUCAAAAUUUGAGGGUACAUUUGGCUAUCUUGCUCCUGAAUACUUAAUGCAUGGAAUAGUAGAUGAAAAAACUGAUGUAUUUGCCUUCGGUGUACUACUAUUGGAAUUAGUCACCGGACGACGAGCGCUUGAUUACUCGCAGCUAAGCCUCGUCUUGUGGGCAAAACCUCUGCUGAAGAAGAACGAGAUUAGAGAGCUAGUUGAUCCUGCUCUUGGCAAUGAUUAUAAUGCUCCAGAAAUGCAUUUUAUGCUCUUGGCUGCUUCUUUGUGUAUACAAAGAUCUUCAUUAAGAAGGCCUCAGAUGGCUCAGGUUGUGCAGAUUCUGAACGGGAAUCUAAGCUGCUUGAAAACUAUGAGGAAGUCGAGAGUUGCAUCUUUUUGGAAGGCUUUCCGGGAGGAUCUUUUUAAAGCAGGAGGUCAUAUAUCACCAAAGAAUUAAAUGAUAUUAGUCGGUCUAAAUUAGGUUUUAAAGAGGAAAACCGUCUUAUUUACGGUUUCCCAAUGUACUCCGGAAACAGGGACGCUGUAACAUAAAAUGGCUAAACUGAAAACCGUAAAAAGAUAUAGUAGUAUUUUACAAGAAUACUUUAUAAAUAGUGUUCCGGAACUUCAGAAGUGUUUCUAAAAACGUAAGUCGCGUAAAGUUUCCGUAUAAGCUUACUAGGGCAGUGUACAACAUAGAAUCCUUCUUUAUAUUCUACUUUGUCAUACAUUAUACUGAAGAAUCUGAAGGGAACAAAGUAUAUAUUACUAGAAAGCAGAAAAGGCAAAGAAAGGGUUUGCUUGCAUGCUUGUGCUCCUUCUCAAGGGACAACCACUUACUGGCUAGCACAAUGUGACUGUGAUUUGUGAAGAUCAUCACAAUUUGGCAUUUUUGGUUUGGAGAUGAUGUAUUUAAUGAAUGAUUAUAUAUCAAUUUUGUUACCGAGUUUAAUUGUGAAA